AUGGCUUCAUCCGAGAAAGAUGCUGCUACCAAAGCUCGCAUCCUCAAACACAUGAACGCAGAUCACGCUGGUUCUCUGUCCCACUACUUACAGCACUACUGUCAGCUCUCCAAAAGCGAAGCCUCCAAGCCGAACCUUCUCGAUAUCACCCUGUCCUCACUCCAAAUCUCUUCUAAGUCCGGUAAAACUCACACGAUUCCCCUUGAUCCUCCCAUGACUUCCUACGCCGAUGCUCGACCUCGAUUUGUUGCUAUGGAUUCCGAGUGCCGUGAUGCUCUCAACAUCUCUCCAUAUACCAUUACUCGUUACGAGCCCCCGAAGACUUUCUUGCAUCGAUUAAUUUUCGGCUUGUGUUUGAUAACGAUGGUUGUAUUUGUUACGAAAUCGCACAUUGUACCUGGUACAUUGUUCUACGACAAUGUGUUGCCAUGGUUUCCAGGCGGCCCAGAAACUUUCUUGUGGAUUUCUAACAAGAUUGCUAUGCCAACCUUUGCGAUACAUGUGAUGGAAGUCAUUUGGAUGGAUAGGAGCAGACUUAUGAAGUACAAUAUCGAGAGGGGAAGUUCUAUGUGGUGGAAAUGGAUGACGAGCUGUUUGAUUGAGGGGCUUGGAAGUUUUGCCAGGAUCGAUGCUAUGAUCAAGCAACAAAAGAAAGAGAAAGAGUCGAAGGGAAAUGGUGGACAUUGA